GUGCCCGCUGUCUUGUCGCCCCUCCCAGCAGGAAGUUGGUUGAGUGUUUUGUUGUCACCUGAGUGUGUGUAAAUGAGACGGGAAGCUCACCAGAACCUGGCAUCCUUGUGCAUGGAUCACCCCUCCUGGGCUGGGCGGAUUCUCCACAGAGCCGCGGUACCGUGCUGCAGUAUUGAAGAGCUCUCCCCUCCGCCGAUCAUUAACAUCCGCGUCGGAAGAAGGGAGCGAGGAGCUGGCGAGUCUGUUCGCUUCUGCUGAUAAUGUUAAGAUCUCUAAACGAGAACUAUUUUAAUGGCAGUAAGUUACAAGGCGGUUUCUCUAAAUUGCAACCCUAACCUUCUUUUUUUCGACUGUGUCUAUCUUGAUUUCACAGAGGACUGGUACAGUUUAACUUAAAAAACAAAAACAAAAACAAAAACAGCACAAGAACAUUUUUCUAAUUUUCCGGACGCGGACAGCGGGGGUGGGGGCGCUCUGGAGUAACGGUGCCAGUGUGUGCUGCCCGUUCACCAGCAGUGAAUAAUACGAACACCUCGCUUGGAGAUCUCUUGGUGGCUAGCGUGGAUUGAUCAUUUCUAGCCGGUGUUUUCGUGUAAGUGUAUCGCAGUGUUGCUGCGGAAGAGUCCAUAGAAGACAAACAGCAAUGAGCAUUCGAGCGCUGUGGGUCAUUAGCCACGAGAAGGGCGAGUCGGGGAAGGUUCGCUUCUCAAGGCGCUACCCUACUGUGGAGAGCAGGGCCAGCCUGCUGGGGCGGGGCAGCUACGUGCCUGUCCCUGAAGACAGUGCUCUGCUGCGCCCCCUUCUGACAGAUCUGGGGCUGACAGACCCUGAGAAGUCCUUUGUGGAGGCUCGGGACGGCUGCUCGCGGCUACACCGCACUGCUGCCCUGGAGCUGGAGCUGGAGGGGCGGCAGGGAGCCGGGGCCGCGCUGUGGCCCGUGCUGGCGAUCCCACAGGGGGGGCUGAUCCUAGCCUGCCUGCCUUUGGUGGAGGCUCCUCCAGGCCCCCGACCUCCCCUGCCCAGUCUGGCCUCUGUAUCCCAGGGCUUUUCUCUGCUGGCUGGGCUGCAGGCAUUCCUGUUGGGGUCAGGGGCAGGGAAGGCUGAGGUGGAGUCCCGCUUAGCCCUCUUGCCUGCUGCCCUGAUGCAGGCAUGCCCCCUGGGCACCCCCCUGGAGACCCCCCAGCUCUUCCAGCCCCUGCCGCCCCCCACGGUCCCCUUGGCCGGGCCCCAGAAGCAGCCAGCCUGGAAGCCUGGAGUGCAUCGCGGGCGGGCGCUGGUCAGCGUGGCGGUCAGCGAGCAGGUCCGGUCCAUGCAGUAUGGGAACCAGGCCAGAACCGACCUCUGGGACGUGUAUGGGACCGUCACCUGCAAGUGUGACCUGGAGGGGGUGCUGCCCACUGUGACAGUGACCCUCAGCCUGCCCCCCAAUGGCUCCCCUCUGCAGGACAUCCUGGCGCACCCCUGUGUCACCUCCCUGGACUCCAGUCUGCUGACCGCCAGCAGCGUGGACGAGAGCGACGGCUCGGCCUUCUCCGGACCCUACAAGUUCCCCUUCUCCCCCCCGCUGGAGCCAUUCCAUCUGUGCUUCUACACCUCACAGGUACCAGUGCCUCCUAUCCUGGGCUCUUACCAGCUUAGAGAGGAGGGGAGCCAGUUAAAGAUUACAGUCAACCUGAAGCUGCAUGAGAGUGUGAGGAAUGGGUUUGAAUACUGUGAGGCUCACCUGCCCUUCUUCAACAGGGGCCAGCUCACCCACACUGACCUCCGCGUGACCUCUGGGCAGCUGGAAGUGGCUCGGGAGAAAGGCCUGCUGGUCUGGAUGCUGGGUCAGAAGUUCCCCAAGUCCCGGGAGGUUUCACUAGGGGGCAGUGUGAGUUUCAGUGGAGCAGGCUCUCUGGGGCCAGUCGACCCUCUCUGCACAGAGCUCACUGCUUACAUCAAGCUGUAUUUCCGGAUCCCUGAUGUCACUCUCUCUGGCUGCUCGGUGGAUCAGCACUCUGUGCAGGUGUACUCCUCAGUCAAGCCUCGCAUCACUACCUCACGGGAACUGAUCUCUUCUGAGUAUUACAUCUGGAACUCUACUGGCGAAGCUCCAGUUUCCUCCGGACCUAUGAGGCUGUAGCAACGCAAGAAGAGGGGUGAGCGCUGGACUGGGAGAGGGUUCCAUGAACCCCCACCCCCCAAACGGGGACGGUGCUAGAGGACUGUAACCCUAACCUCAGCUCAGAAUGGGGGAACAAGGGGGCUCCCAGUGAGGAUCGCCUCUCUGCUGCUGGGUUCACAGUGAGCGUGGGCUGUUCAGGGUGGCAGCUCUCUGUGUAUGGCACUGUACUGUAUAUAAUAAAGCAGAUGAUUGUUAAA